AUGGUUCAGGCGCGGGCGGUGGCUUUGAGCCGAGAAAGUGGUCACCAUGCUUUUGUGGUUGCUUCGAACUCUGCCUCCGUGACUGCCAUCGACAUCUCAGACCCGGCACGUAUGCGCGUGGUAGGCUCGCUGCAAGACAAAGUGGCCCUCAGCGGGGCGCGGGCGAUCGCUGUGCAGGGAGGCUAUGCUUUUGUCGCAGGCACAUAUUCACACACCCUGUGUGUCAUCGACGUUUCCCAGCCCGCGCACAUGACUUUGACAGGAAAACUGCAUGAUGCGGAUGACUUGCAGUUUCCAACGAGCGUCGACGUUGUUGACAACUUCGUCUUUGUGACGAGCUCCUCGGGCCAUGCCCUGGUGAUCGUUGACGUCUCGAACCCAUCACUCCCGGAGAAGUACAGUGUUCUCGGCGAUGCACCAAGCCUGCGAGAAGCACGGUGCGUUGUGGUGCAAGGCAAAUAUGCUUACGUUGCCAGUGCCACGCCCAACACACUCUCGGUCAUUGACAUCUCCGACAAGCGUAACCCGCUUCUAGUUGCGGUGGUGGAGCGUGCCACUGCUGACAUGGCAAGCCAUGUCGCUGUUGACUGUCGCUUUGCGUAUGUGGCGAGUGCCUAUCACGAUGCGCUGACGGUACUUGACAUUCGCAACCCGCGAAAACCAGUGUACGUGGGAACUCUCAGAGACCACUCCCUCCUCAAUGGCAUCGAGACUGUAGCCAUUUCCGGGAAGUUUGGUGUUUUCGUCAGCCCCACGAACGAUGCCAUGGUCGCUUGGCAGCUGCCCUAUUACUGCGACACAGAGAGCCCGUUGGAGUCGAAGCAGCUGCCCGGUCACUCUCCGGCCAUAGUAUGA